AGAGGGGUAUUGAUUGAUUGAAGCGUGAGUGACGGGAACUGAGCCAAAUCGCACUGGAAAGAAUGGCGUGCCAUAAUUCGCGGCUGAAGUCGCAUGAAGCAAAAACAAAGUGACGCCUGUAUACGGUUAGCCUAACUGGCUAAGUUGAUAUAUAGAGAAAAAAUACAAGGAGCAUUUGCGUUUCGGUGCGUUUCUCAUCGUCGUCGGUCGGUGUGUGUGUCUGUUCGUUCUUUGCGUAGUCACGUGGGGGGUGGGAUUCAUUUAUCCGAAAUGUGGUCGCUCUUGCGGCCUUCGGUGGUGUUGGCCCGGAGGUGGAGCAGUAAGCAGCAGAUAGAAAGCACUUGUGCCUUGACGCCGCUGCAGCAUUGGCGAUCCGCCAGGCGUGGUCACCCAGUGAACGGCAGCUGCAGUGCUGAGGAGAACAGCGAGGUGCUGGGCUUUUUACGCGCCGCCAAGAUCCGGCUGCAAGCGAGCCAGGUUCGUGUCCAAGCCCGCACGUUGCUUUUGCUGCUAAGACGGCGGAAAGACGCACUAGGUGACGCGCUGAGGUCCACGAUCCAAAAUCGCCACCCCCACCACAGACCCAGGAUCGCAGUCGUCUUGAGAGAAAACAUUUGGACGCUGCCUAAUGUGUUGUGUUGGAGCCGGAUUGCUGCGGCGCCCUACUUGGGCCACUUGAUCGUGCAGCAUGACUACACGCCGGCCCUAUGGCUCUUUCUCCUUGCCGGCCUUUCGGACGUGGCGGACGGGUUGAUCGCUCGGUCCUUCCCGGGCCAGAAAACACAGUUUGGAAGCUUUCUGGACCCAGCGGCGGACAAAGUUCUGGCUGCCUGUACGUUCCUCCCCCUGGCUAUCGUUGGUCUCAUUCCCUGGUAUUUAGCGCUUGUGAUCCUCGGCCGGGACGCGUGUCUCGUGGCGGCGGCAGUGUACGUGCGCUACAAGUCCCUACCGUCUCCGGUCACGCUGGUGCGGUUUUUUGAGGCGUCGCGCGUGACGGCGCAGCUGAAACCCACAUACCUGAGUAAGGCCAACACGGGAAUUCAGGUUUCACUCGUCAUUGCCACUUUGUUGGCCCACUCGUCUAUGGUCGUGUCUUUGCAUGACUAUUUGCCUCAUUUUUGUCUGAUCUGUCGGGUGUAUCAGCGUCAUUGCGCCGCGAUGCAUGAAAAGAAGGAGGAGCAGGAGGAACUGGGCAGUGGCCAAGAGGUGAAGACUGAAAGCGAGACGGAUAAAGCAGUCAAGCGGGAGACAGACAUCCUCGACGAAAAGGACGACAAGCAGAAUGAUCCUGUUUCGAUUGCCAAGAGUAGGAUUAGAAGCAGAAUUGGUCGACCCGAGGCAUCCAUGAGGCGUAGAGGAGAUUUGGCUGUAGUGGAGGCCCGAGAGUGCCCGUACUUGGACACCAUCAACCGGCACGUGCUGGAUUUUGACUUUGAAAAGCUGUGCUCCGUGUCUCUGUCGCGCAUAAACGUUUACGCUUGUCUCGUUUGCGGCAAGUACUUUCAGGGACGGGGACAGGGCACGCACGCAUACACGCACAGCGUAGCCGAGGGUGAGCACCGCAUGUUCCUCAAUCUGAGCACGCUGAAGUUCUACUGUUUGCCGGACAAUUACGAGAUUAAAGAUUCCUCAUUGGACGACAUCAAGUACGUCCUGAACCCGACGUUCACCAAAGAAGCCAUUCAGGCCCUGGACAGGAACGAGAAGUUGUCGCGGUCCGUCGACGGGUCCGUCUACCUGCCGGGCAUCGUGGGCCUCAACAACAUCAAAGCCAACGACUACUGCAACGUGGUACUGCAAGCCAUGUCGCACGUGCAGCCGGUGCGCGAUUACUUCCUGCGGGAAGACAACUACGCGGCAGUCAACAAAGUGCCAGGGGACAUCCUGCCGACUUUGUCGCAGCGAUUUGGCGAGUUGUUGCGGAAGCUAUGGAAUCCACGCAACUUUAAGGCGCACGUGUCUCCGCACGAGAUGUUGCAGGCCGUCGUGUUGUGCAGCAAGAAACGGUUCCAGAUUACACAGCAAGGCGACGCCGUGGCAUUCCUCACGUGGUUUUUGAAUGCGCUGCACGCGGCACUGGGAGGCGGUGCAGGCCGGCGACGGCAUUCGUCCGUGUUGCAUCGGGCAUUCCAGGGUAGAAUGCGGGUCCACACGCGUCGGGUGCCGCCGCUUGAGCUGGACCAAAAGGCCAAAGACCAGCUGCUGCAGACGGCCGAGUAUCAAGAGACCAGCGAGGAACAGCCGUUUUUAUUCCUCACGGCAGAUUUGCCGCCGCCGCCGCUUUUCGCCGACGCCCAGAAGGAGACGAUAAUCCCUCAGGUCAACUUUUACGCUCUCAUGUCCAAGUUCAAUGGGAAGACUGAGAAGGAGUAUCACACGUACAAGGAAAACUUCAUCAAGCGAUACGAGCUGGUCCGGUUGCCGCGCUACAUCAUCAUUUGCUACAAGAGAUUUACCAAGAAUAACUUUUUUGUGGAGAAGAAUCCAACCAUAGUCAACUUUCCCAUCACUGGGAUGGACUUCGGUGAUUUCCUGUCGCCGGAAGCGCGAAAGCUGCAUGACACGACAACCUACGACCUGUUGGCCAAUAUUGUGCACGACGGCGGGCCGCAAGCUGGGACUUACCGAGUCCACAUUCUUCACAAGGGAACGGGGAAAUGGUACGAGCUUCAAGAUCUGCACGUGAAGGAUAUUCUUCCGCAGAUGAUCACUCUUACGGAAGCUUACAUCCAGCUCCGGGGACACACGCCGACCAUUCUGGAGGGCCACACCUGGAAGGAGGAAGAGCAGUUCCGACGGGAGGGAGCAAAGUUUCUCUUGGAUCUCAGUUCAAAAAUAGGGCUGGUGUACAGUACUGUUGCGACUGGUGUCGUGUAUUUUCACCGAUUUUACAUGUUCCAGUCCUUCGACAAAUUUCCGAAGUUCGUCACGGCCUGCAGCUGUCUUUUCCUUGCCGGAAAGGUGGAAGAAACUCCGAAAAAAUGCCGAGAUCUCAUUAGAGCGACGAGGGAGUUGCUCAAGGAAAAACCCGAGUAUGAAGCUUCCAGUGCGGAAAUCUUGAAUGAGUUUGGUUUGCACCCGGAGCGAGAGAUUAUGACCAUGGAGAGGGUUUUGCUACAAACCUUCAAGUUCGACCUUCAAGUGGAUCAUCCCUAUCAAUUUCUGCUCAAGUACGUAAAGACGUUUGCGUCGGAUCAGAGUCGUUUGGAAGGCCUGGUGCAAAUGGCGUGGACGUUCGUCAAUGACAGUCUCGUAACCACUUUGUGUCUACAAUGGGAACCGGAAAUCCUUGCCGUGGCUAUGAUUUAUCUGGCGGUGAAGUUGAAGAAGAUGCAGGUGGAGGAUAAUUGGUGGUCACAGUUCGUGUCAGACGUGUCGCGAGAAACCUUGGACAAGAUUUGCCAUCUGUUGCUCGACGUUUAUCAAACCGUGGGCCACGACAGCAGUGGGGAAUCGCGUUCGAACGAAUUCCUGGGCGUGCGAUUAUGA